AUGGGUCAAUUUGACUGGUUCCGAUCCAUUGGCGCUACGCCUCAGGCCGUUGCCGUCCUGAACGAUCAACCGAUUCUGUUCACGAUCCUACUCAUCGUUCUUGUCGCCAUUAUCCUCCAGAUCGUUUUGCUCUGGUACAUUCACUUCGCGACGCUGAAGCCCGAGCAAAAGAAAAAGAAGGAGCCCAAGAAGGGUGGCAAGAAAUAA